CUGCCCCCCACAGCAGCUCGUCAUUUUUAGCUCCAGCGCGUGCUGUCUGUCUGGAGUUCAGUUCCGCUCGGUCAGUGUGUGUCUGAGUGUUUGAGUGAGGGUGUCAGCUUGUUGUCAGCAUUAGAGGACAGGUUACCGGGGGCGGUGUUGGUUCAGUUGUGGAGGAAAUGGUCCCUGCAGGAUGGACCGGAACACGGGUCCCGGCUGGCUCCCGGUCUGCGCGCUGCUCGCCCUGUUUGUGUGUGAGGUCACUGAAGGUGGACACUUGAAUAUUGUGCAGAGACCAGCUCCUCUCUCCUGUGCACAUGGCUUCACAGAGCUGGGCUACUAUAACGGCUCAGUCUCCCUCACGGAGUCUGGCUCCCCCUGCCUGAAAUGGACAGACUUCCCAGACUACAUGCGGCAGUACCCGGGCCGAGGCCUGGGCCCCCACAGCUUCUGCCGGAGCCCGGACCGAGAGGAGCAGCCCUGGUGCUUCAUCAGGCAGAGCUCCGGAGCCAUCGGCUGGGCCCACUGUGACUGCCACCAGGGUGCAGCAAGAUUGGUGGGAGGGUCGUCAAGCACCAGCGGACGUGUGGAGGUCUAUCUGAAUGGCCAGUGGGGGGCAGCAUGUGACUCGCACUGGAACGACCGGGAUGCCAGCGUCAUAUGCAGGCAGCUAGGACUGGGUGAGAUUGGCACAGCGCUGCAGCACUCAUACUUCGGCCCGGGGACCGUCUUCCACUAUGAGCGUCUGGGUUGCCGUGGUAAUGAGAAUUCCCUAAUGGAGUGCCGGAGCAGGAAGUUUGUCACCAGCGACUGCAACCAUGGUAACGAAGCAGGGGUGAUUUGUGCUGAACCUGAAGGCACUGGUCUCCCUUUGAGGCUGGUGGGGGGGCUGGAGGACUUUGAAGGCCGUGUGGAGGUGUACAGGGACGGCAGGUGGGGAACCAUCUGUGAUGACCGCUGGGAUGACAUUGAUGCUGAGGUGGUGUGCCGCCAGCUGGGCCUGGGGGGCGUGGCCAAGGCGUGGACAUGGGCCCACUUCGGCCAGGGGGCAGGUCCCAUCUUCCUGGAUGGGGUUGAGUGUUCGGGCAAUGAGCUCUCCCUGGAGGAGUGUCCUCAUAACAUGUGGGAGAGACACAACUGUGACCACAUGGAGGAUGCAGGGGUCUCCUGCAACCCUCACACAGACGGUGCGGUGCGCCUGGUGGGAGCAAACAGUCCCUGGGAGGGCCGGGUGGAGAUCUACCAUCAUGGGGAAUGGGGCACAGUGUGUGAUGACAGCUGGACUGAAGUCAACGCCCGGGUGGUGUGCAGGCAGCUGGGCUUCAGGAGCCGAGCAGAGGUGGCCCCUGACCAAGUGUCUGAAGAGGGUCGGGGGCUAAUCCUGCUGGACGAGGUGCAGUGCCAGGGACCAGAGGCCACUCUACUGGCCUGCACCCACUCUGAGUGGGGCCAACAUGACUGCUCCCACAGGGAGGAUGUAGGUGUCCGCUGUGAGAGGGGGGGUGGAACCAAUGAGAUACCAGGCCUUUUGCCUAUUGGCCCUCUGCUGCGAUUGGUGGCUGGAGAGAGCAGGAAGGAGGGCAGAGUGGAGGUCUUCAUCAACGGCCAGUGGGGGAGCGUCUGCGAUGAUGGCUGGAAUGAUGUCCAUGCAGCUGUGGUUUGCAGACAGCUUGGAUUCACCGGUGUGGCUAAAGCUCGCUCCAUGGCGUACUUUGGAGAAGGUCAGGGUCCCAUCCACCUGGACAACGUGCGCUGCUCGGGCACAGAGACGUCUUUAGGCCAGUGUGCGGCUGCGGCUCAGGACGCCCAUGACUGCCGCCACAGUGAGGAUGCCGGGGUCAUCUGCGACUACACCCUGGACCCUCUGGGGGCCGGGGCCCUGCAGACCUGUGGCCUGAGGCUCAACAACCAGAGGAGGCGCCGCAGGAUCAUAGGGGGGGAUAAGUCCCUAAGGGAGUGGCCAUGGCAGGUUUCAGUGUGGCUGCGCUCUCAGUCCAGAGGGGCCAACCCUCUGUGCGGGGCCUCUCUGUCGGACACUGCUGGGCUGCUGACGGCCGCUCACUGCUUCAAGAGAUUUGGCAGUGACCCAACCCGCUACGUGGUGCGCCUUGGUGACUACCAUACCGAGGAGCAGGAUGACUUUGAACGCACCUUGUCACCUGAACGCAUCGUUAUCCACAGGAAGUACCACAGUCAGGGCUGGGAGCACGACAUCGCCCUGCUGCGGCUCAAAGGCACAGAGGGAAGCUGUGUGGCGUUCAACCCUCACACUGCAGCCGUGUGUCUGCCACAGGUGGGCAGCCGGCGGGAGAAGAGGCCUACCGCCUGCGUGAUCACCGGCUGGGGCCUGACAGACUCGGAGUACUCCCGCACCCUGCUGCAGGCCUGGGUCCCCCUGCUGCCAGCCUGGAGGUGCAAGAAGACCUACGGGGAACGCUUCACCAGCCGCAUGCUGUGUGCAGGGAGCCUGUCGGAGCACCACCGGGUGGACAGUUGCCAGGGUGACAGUGGGGGUCCGCUGGUUUGCCAGGGGGAGGGGGGCCACUGGGUUCUCACAGGAGUUAUCUCCUGGGGUCAUGGCUGUGGUAACCCUUCCUUCCCUGGGGUGUACACACGUGUUAGCAGGUUUCUGCGAUGGAUUGACAAGGUCAUAAACAAACCCUACAACACCUGAUGGAGGACAUGCUUUUACAGCUGGGUAUGUGUGGUUGGAUGAGGUCACUGAGGUAUUGAUUGAUUGAAAAUUGUAUUAACAGAUUGCAGAAUGGGUACAAUACAGUACAGCUCAAUCCACACAAUUGUUAAGGGGAUGCAGACCAGAGAAAGACUUUUGUCUUGUUUACAUCAGGGUCCCCCAUUUUAAUUCAUCAUAACAUAUAUGACAUACAUGACACACACUGAGCCCACCUCUUCACAACUCUUACACAGCUUUCUGUACAAACAUGCAGCAGCAGUAACCUCACACUAUGCACUGAGGCCACCAGAACACGUAGAACCCGACCCAGGAUCCCCCCUGGGACCAGAACACUGACCACAUUUAUCCCAACAGAAACACACACAAUGACCUUAAACAACACUAAGAACCUGCAGCAACAACACCUAGAUCACUUUUGUGUAAAAUGAUCAUUUAUUCAUUUAUUUAGAGUCCAGGUUCCACAACAACAAGAGGACUCUUCUUUACUGCACGACCUGUGCGCAUCAGAAAUUAAUCAGAAUGCUCAAUGCGCUUCAAGGCACUUUGUGUUACCAUUUUUGUUUCGUGGUUUACUGUAAUUUAAUCCAGGUGUAAAAAUUGAGAUAAAAGUAUGGAAUUGCAAACUAAA